AUGGCUGACAACGUCGGAAACGGAGACAGAGCCACAACUUCCUCUGUAAGAUGCCCUAGUCAUUAUCGCCGCCGCAAAACCAAACGAGGAAGAGAUCCAAGGGAAGAUAUAGACUUAAUCAGCUCUUUGCCUGAUGAGAUCCUCCAAGUUAUCCUCUCCUUCAUCUCGACCAAGUUGGCAAUCACAACUUCCGUCUUGUCCAGAAGAUGGAGACAUGUAUGGUGCGACACACCUUCCCUCUCCUUCUCCGAUAACUGUAAUCUUGACCCUAGUUCCGUAGACAAAAUCCUAUCUCGCUACACGCCUCGCAAGAUGAUGAGCUUUCAGCUCUGUGUCCGAAGCUUAAAGUAUGAUCAUCCUUACAUGUACAGUUGGAUCAAGUUUGCCAUGUGCCGAAACGUGGAGAAUCUGUGGUUGGAGCACCGUCUUCAUGAUAUUCCUGGUUUCUUUUAUAACAAUUCCUCUGUCAAGCAACUUUACGUUAAGUCAAAACAUGCUUGUGUCAAUCCCAGAUGCUCUGUGUCUUGGACAUCUUUGAAGAUCCUGACAUUGGAUGGUUGCAACCUUAUCCUUUGCUAAGAUUAUCUCUGGUUCUCCCCUUCUCGAAACCUUAAGGUUGUAUCACUGCGAUGAACUCCAUCAUCUUGAUCUCAGCAAAUCACCGCGUCUGAAAACAUUAGAAAUAGAUAGCAAGGUUUGGCUUCAGGGGACAAGGAUUGACGCACCACAUCUCCAUUCCCUCAGAUUAAGAUUGACAAACUCUAUGUUUCCAUAUACAUUAGUUGAUGUCUUGUCUCUAACCGAAGCUGAACUAGAUACUGAUGCGUCUGACCCAACUAAAAUAGUUGAUCAUUGUCUUCAAACCCUAGAGAAGUUGCAGAAUGUAGAGAAGCUUACUUUUGGGGAAAAC